AUGGAGACCUCCAGUGGGCCUGGGGUGUCAGUCCCAACCCUGUCCCUCCGGGAGCCAGCCCGAGAUCGAACCUGGCUAGAGAGCCGUUCUGAGCUCAGCAGGGUAUGUGAUGAACCAGAGGAGUUAAAGAGAAAGGCUACUGAGCUGGCUGCUGCUGUCCGGAAUGCCAAGCACCUUGUUAUCUAUACAGGAGCCGGGAUCAGUACGGCAGCUUCAAUCCCAGACUACAGAGGUCCUAAUGGCAUAUGGACCUUGCUGCAGAAGGGCAGGAGCAUCAGGGCUACAGAUCUCAGUGAGGCAGAGCCCACACUCACCCACAUGAGCAUUGCCUGCCUACACAAGCACAACCUGGUGCAGCAUGUGGUGUCUCAAAACUGUGAUGGGCUGCACCUGCGGAGUGGGUUACCCCGAGCAGCAAUAUCUGAGCUUCACGGAAACAUGUACAUAGAGGUCUGCACUUCCUGUACACCCAACAGAGAGUACGUGCGAGUAUUUGAUGUGACAGAGCGCACAGCCCUGCACAGGCAUCACACUGGCAGGAUGUGCCACAAGUGUGGGGCACAGUUGAGAGAUACAAUCGUCCACUUUGGGGAGAAGGGGACGUUGAGACAGCCCCUGAACUGGGAAGCAGCAACAGAAGCUGCAAGCAAAGCAGAUGUGAUUCUUUGUCUGGGUUCCAGCUUAAAGGUUUUGAAAAAAUCCCCGCGUCUUUGGUGCAUGAGCAAGCCACCCACUCGUCGUCCAAAGCUGUAUAUCGUGAACCUGCAGUGGACCCCGAAGGACGACCUGGCCGCCCUGAAGCUGCACGGCCGCUGCGACGACGUCAUGCGGCUGCUGAUGGCGGAGCUGGGGCUGGAGAUCCCGUGCUACGACCGGUGGGUGAGCGGCCCGGGGCCCUGCCCGGCGGCUGUGCCGGGGCACCGGCCGCUAUGA